GAGCUGUCAGCGACUCGGGUUAAACACAACGUGCUCGACUGAUUGGGACUAAUCUACGUAUCAAUACAAGCUAUUGAGAUCGGACUAAAAUUUUAAAACUUGAAGAUUAUAAACAGGUAUUAUAAUGAUACAACUCAAAUCGGUGAUAAUAGAUUUGAACUUGAAGAGUGGUGAAGUUUGGCCUGGCACAUUGGACCAUAUAGAUUCUGAACACACGGAGGGUUGGUUGCCAAACUAGUCCAGGGUGCUGAGACGUGCGCAGUUCACUCUCUCCUUGUACAACAAUUCGGCAGAGUGACGCAAGGCAAAUAUUGAUGAAUCACUUCAGACGAAAGUCGGGACACAUUUAAUAAUUUCGAAGGGGAUAUAUUUUUUUGAGGUACAGGUGAAUGUGCUGGUCAUGGAGUUUUUAAAGGAACCAACUUAGUUAUAUUAGACAAACCAAUGUGCAAAUUUUAUAAAAAUGUGAUGAAAUGGAGAAGUACACCCUCCCUGUUUGAUCCCUUGACCUCCAGAGACAGGCUCAUCGAUCCCUUAUAGAUUUUUAUUUAAAAUCAUUUAUCAAAUCCUGAUAAUGAUAUCGUGAUUAAUUUCGAGGAUCGGAGUAAUUAAACUACAUAACUUUUGGUCAAGGACGACUAUUAUAGGUGUGGCCAGCUGGUUAGUGGAUGUGAGUUCGAAUUUCUUCCGUGACUAUCUGAAGCUGGAACAUCAUGCCUUGCCGUAUCGAACUGGAUUGGAUAGCUUGCGUCAUUGAAAUUGUAGGAACAAUAUUCUUUAUAAUUGGGCUCUCUACUGACCACUGGGCAGCUUCGGACGACGGCUCGGCACAUUCUGGUCUCUUCACAUCCUGUAAAAGCAAUGGCCUCUGUUAUGACACGCACGUGUUCUAUGCAGGUUAUGCAGAGAAGGGCCAGAUUAUCUGUGCUGCCGUCUUCACACUCCUUGUCAUGGCUGGCUUCUGUAUAGUUCUGCUCCUCAUGUUGUUCUACAUGUGUGGACUUUUCGAGGAGAAAUCUGUCGGAUUACUGGCCGCAACUGUGUCCUAUAUAGCAGUUUUUGUCGGUUUUAUUGGGAUUAUUGUGUACGGGUCAGCAGUCACCAAAGUGUCACAGACGGUCAGUUGGUCAUGUGGUAUGGCAAUCAUGGGACUAAUUAUCAACCUAGCUGGAGGGGUCAUCAUGCACGUAGGUAGUCAGAGAUACAAACCCAACAUUUUCCUGCUACCACCCAUUCCCCCUAGAAGGGGACAUCCUUUUAUGAUAUCACAGCAUCGCAUGAGCAGAAGACUGUUGAACAAACGUGCAAUAUUACCACGAUAAUGAUAACUUAAGUCGUAUCAUCUCGUAUUACAUAGUGUGAAUGGAGUUGUUUCAAAAUCUGCCAUUCCGUUACUAAAAAUUGUGGAGCAUAUGGCAAAUCUGACUGAACGUCAAAGAGCAACUGAAACGACCGGACUUGCUUCUGACGUGAAUGGCAAUAACAACCGGAAGUGUUCCUUACUUGGACAGCUUCAAUAACCGAAAGUGCUCACCACAAGGACAGAUACAACUACUAAACAACUCCAGCUGACAUGAAAGUAACAUUUACCACAAGUGUUCAUGAGAUGAACCGCAACAGACACACCAGAACCUUAUAAACACUUCUUACCAGAUUACUGGUAGUGUAAAUUAACAAUAAUCAGUCGUCACCUAUGUGGUGUUGCUUUGGAUACAUCAAAAAAAAAUACUUAGAAACAAUGACGGUAAGACGAACAAAGUGUUGUUAGAAUUAUCUUAUAAUCUGUUACAUCUCCGUGUCAACCUGAUAAUUUUACCAAUAGAAAAUGGCAUUCAUCGUUCUCAGCUAUCAGCGUAAGCCAUACGUGUUGUUAUAUAUGUGACUGCAAUGCAUCCUUUUCGCAAACGUGUCCUCUCGCUUCCGUCAUUUCUCAAAACAAAACAUAUUUUUCAUGUCGAGUUUUCGUACAACGAUCAUGAUGGCAAAAUCAAGCAAAUGUAGGUUAAGUAAUAUAGCUUGAGUUAGUUAUCUAGGGAAAUUCCUAUUUGUUUCAUAAAGAAUGUGUUCAGUGCUGUUUUACCUGCUUGCAAAUAGCAAACAUAAUAGCGAUACAUUUAAAACAACCUCUAAUGGCUAAUUCGGAUAAAUGAUGUAUAAUAAUAUUGCUCCUUUAUUUACAUUUUUGUGUUAUCGUUAGACGGUAUGUGUCAAUGUAGCGAUCUUUCUUUCAUUAUUCACUGCCUUAGUUCCUGCCAACUGUCCAGCCAAACUGUUCAUCUAUUCUACUUUGUGUUCCUAUUAUUGGUUUUAAUUCUUUAUCCCAUAAAUAACGUUUCGUUUUACAAGCAUAUUUAAUUUCACAAUACAUAAUUUCAUCAGGGGUGACAAGUUUUCAUUAUAUAAAACCCCAACAUGUGCCAGUUUUUAAAUCAUUAGAAUAAUAUUCAUGUGCUUAAAUGCAUUAAAUCGUCGUUAUUGUAUUGUAUUGAGACAGUGGGCUUAUAUGGUUGUGGCUAUUGAACCCACAACCCUAUUACAUUACACAGGUUUCUAUAAAAGAUUUUUCUUUCGGAUUAAAGCGAAUUGAAAGGGAACAUUAUAAUAUAAUCCUAAAGCAUGACAAAGCAUUUGCAUUAAUUUGAAAAGAGCAGAGUAUAUUUGUUAUCACCGUGUUUCAUUAAUAACGUGAUGAUAGUUGUUACAGUAUAAAUGUAUUUUUAAGUAUAUACAAAAACAACGAACGUGAUUUAUUUCAAAUUGAUUCCAAUAAGUUUCAGUUCUUGUAUAAAUUAAGUAUUGGAUUUCUUUUGAAGUUAAAUAAAAGAAGAAAAGAACCCAUUAUUCUACCUUCAAGUGACGACUAUCCAUACAUAUUAUGUUGAAUGACUGGAAGAUCUAGAGUAUAUGUAUAAUAGAAUAUUUAAAAUGACGUCAACCAGAUAAUUUAAUAUAUGUUUCCGAUAGCCUUUUUCCAAUAACCCAGGUAAAACUCUAUUUUCUAUAAUGUUUCCAUUUACGUAUUUUACAGACACGUGUACGAAAAAGAUCAAUUGCAUUGCUUAAUUAAAAAUAGAUAACUGCCUUUUAUUCAUGUUCAUAGUUUAGCAAUAAAUUUAAAUACCUAAAUAUUGAAUGAAAUCCCACUAGUAGUGUUUGUAUGUAAGUUAUACAGGCAAUCCAAAUAUACUUACCCGUUGACUAGAUAUCUGUUUUAUCAUUUUGAAGUGAUCUUAUAUUUAAUUAUGAUUUAUUCAUUAAAAUAUGAUUAACAUUAUUAAGAUGGAUAAAGUAUUUGCAAAUAAUUUUUUUCGAUGCACAGUUCAUUUAGUAUAAAACAAUAAUCUCAAUGUGUAUGUCUUUCAGAGAAUCGAAUUAAGUUUCGCGUUGUUAAUUUAAUUAGCGUAUAUCAUCAGAGAUACGGAGAAGCAUAGAAAGAUAUAUAUACAUAAAGACAUAUAGAGAGAAAGAGAUGGA